AUGCAGAGCCAGGGCACUGCGGCGCAAGAGUACCUGAUCGAGAGUCCCAAACAGACCAAGUUCAGCCACUCCGAAAUCCAAAGACAGAGCUUUCUUUCAGUGAGGCCAACACUGGGAAGCUCCCACACGCUGCUUGAGGCAACACGACUCAAGCCAGAGUCCCGGCUGCCAGCUCCCACUUCGGGCAACUCCUGUCGAUUCAUGCCGGCUGGAGGCGAGGACCUGUCGGUGAACUUCGAGCCCCGCAGCUGCACACCCAUCUCUCUGGCCUCCCCGGGACAGGUGGCAGUCAAGCUGAGUGUGCAGGGUCAGAGGCAGCUCGGCCCAGACAGGGGGCCCAGCGCAGGGCACAGGGCGGCCAAGGGCGACGGCCCCUCGGGCCUGGGGGCGCCCGGCGGCCGCCUGGCCGUGCCGCCGCGUGAGACCUGGACGCGCCAGAUGGACUUCAUCAUGUCGUGCGUGGGCUUCGCCGUAGGCCUGGGCAACGUGUGGCGCUUCCCCUACCUGUGCUACAAGAACGGCGGAGGUGUAUUCCUCAUCCCCUACGUCUUGAUCGCCCUGGUCGGAGGAAUCCCCAUUUUCUUCCUGGAGAUCUCACUGGGCCAGUUCAUGAAGGCCGGCAGCAUCAAUGUCUGGAACAUCUGCCCCCUGUUCAAAGGCCUGGGCUACGCCUCCAUGGUGAUUGUCUUCUACUGCAACACCUACUACAUCAUGGUGCUGGCCUGGGGCUUCUAUUACCUGGUGAAGUCGUUCACCACCACGCUGCCCUGGGCCACAUGUGGCCAUACCUGGAACACUCCUGACUGUGUGGAGAUCUUCCGCCAUGAAGACUGUGCCAAUGCCAGCCUGGCCAACCUCACAUGUGACCAGCUUGCUGACCGCCGGUCCCCUGUCAUCGAGUUCUGGGAGAACAAAGUUUUACGGCUCUCUGGGGGCCUGGAGGUGCCAGGAGCCCUCAACUGGGAGGUGACCCUGUGUCUCCUGGCCUGCUGGGUGCUGGUCUACUUCUGUGUCUGGAAGGGGGUCAAGUCAACAGGAAAGGUAUAG